AUGAAGAGUGUGAUUUUUCCCGCUAAUUUGAUUCAUAUUCAUAAAUCGAUAUCAACAUUUAUAAGUGAAACUAAAGGAUUAGAAUUCUAUUCUAGUGUAAAACCAAUGGGUGAUCUUAUUUUUGAAUCAAUCCAAAAUGAAUCUCCCAUCUUCAUUGAAAAUUUAGAGAUUUAUGAUUCCAAAGUCCGAAUUAAAAGCAGCAACCUUCUGUUUAACAUCUCUAAAAUGGAAUUACAUGACUCUACACUUGAUAUGGACAAUGCAAAUAUUUCAUCAAGAAGAAUUGCACUUUUUUAUCAUUCUUAUUUGACGUGUUGCAAAUUGGAUGUAGGGGUAAUAGUUUUCAACUACAUUGACAAUCGCUUAGUCCCUCUACGACUCGAACCAUUAUCUCCAAACCUUUUUCUCAUAUAUUUAGACGCCAACGAAUCAAUAAAUUAUGUCUUCUGCAAAAUGAAAAAUAGAGAUCUAUUCGAUGUCCAUAAACCUAUUGUUCAUGUUCAAAAUGAUAUAUUUGACACAGAACAAAGAUUCAAGUACGAUGUGAAUAAUGAAAAAUAUGUUAUAGAGUUGAAAUACAAGAAACCAGUGUUGCUUCAUAAGAUUUACGUUGCAGAAGAAGGAAGUUUAGAAUUUUUAGAUGGAACCAGAUAUGGAAUUAAUGAAUUUAAACAGGUUUUUCCUGGAAUUGACUAUUCAUGGAAACCAUUCCAACUUGUAAUAUGGGAUGAAUACGAAGAACCAUUUGUUAUUGAUCAUUUUUCACCAAGAAGAAGACAAUUUAAUAUCACUUCACGUCACAAAACAAACACUGUUUAUUUUACAUCAAAUGAAGAAUUUAGUUAUCUUUAUUUAACAAAUUUAACACUUAAGAAUCCAAACAAUGUUAAACUUAACAUUUCAAAUUGUAUAAUUCGUGAUUGCUUAUUAGAUCCAGAUGUUAGAUUCAUUGGGAAUAGUUUUCAGAUCAGAGAUAGUAAUGUUAUUACACAUAAUAUCAAUGUAGAAAAAUUAUUCUUUUAUAUGUCAGGAGAUAACUUGCAAAUUUUCAGAGAAUCAGUGUAUGAUGAAAAGAAUACUAUCUUUUUCUCAGGUCAUAAUUAUAUAUCAACAGAUGCAAGCAAUUUAACUUUCAAUGAAUCGUCACGUUUUACACGAUUUUCAAAUCAAUUUAUUUCUAAAGACAUUUGUUUAUAUUCUGAUGCAGAUAUAGGAAAUUUGGCAUUAAAUGUGAAUGGGAAAGUUUUCAUGGAUUUCACAAUAUUUCCAAUUAUCUUUUCUGUUCAAUUUAACGAAUUAAUAAUGAAAAACUACACUGAAAUUCGGCCACAAACAGAAUUGACAAUUUUGUCACUAUUUUCUUUGAAUUAUCAAGGCCAUGACACAAUAAAAUUUAAGAAAGUAAGUUUAGAACAGCAUGCGGUAAUAAUAAAUAGUAAUGUUCUUAUUGAUACUGAAAGAUUGGAGAUGUCUGCACAAACAAAUUUACCAACAAAUCAAACAAUAAAAUGCAAGACAUUAGCAAUUUAUUCUGAUACUUUCUCUGACCUCAAAGACGUGUUCGGUGUUGAAACAAUAGAAAUACAUUAUUCUUUGUUUAAAUGUGGUUUCAUUAAUAUCAAAAAAUUGACAGCAGCAAAUUACAAUCAUCUUGAUGUACAAAAAGUGACAAAAAUAAAUGAUAAACCUGUUGUGAUUGAUGUUAAAUAUAAAGAUGGAGAUUUUAAGAGGAGUGAAGAUGGAGGACUUCAUGUUAAGUUCAUAAAUGAUAAUGUACAAGAUCAGUUCUUUUAUGAUGGAGAUUGGGAUGAUUUCAGUUUGGAUCUCAUUUGUUUCCAAGAACUUGAAGUGAAUUUCGAUGAAUUAAGUUACGAAUUCAAUAGUAAUCAUUGGAAUUUCAAUGGUUCAUCAAGAGUUUUUGAUAUGAAAUUGAUAAAAAGAAAUGGAAAAUCUUGUUUCUCUCUUGUUCACAUGGACUCGCUUUUGACACCAACUCCUGUAUCAAAUAAGAAAUCAACUAUGACAAUAAUAAUUAUUUCUUCUGUUGCUGGAUUGAUGGCAAUAAUCAUUGGAAUUGCAGCUUUGCUUCUCAUUAGAUCGCAUAGAAAGAAGAUCAAUAGAUUUAUCUUCGAAAGACAUACUGAAAUGACUGAGUCAUUGAUGGGAACAGAUGUAGCUGAAGUCUCACCAUAA